UAAGUGAAAGUAAAACCAGCGUAACGUCGUGCGUCUGCCUUAUGCCUUUAUCUGCAAGUGAAAGUAAAGCCAGCAUAACAGCACAGACAUCCGUGCAACCUUCAUGCCGCAUGUCAAGUCUCGCUCAUCUCUGCUACACUGACAUCUCCUCUAUCAGCAGGCGACAAUGCUCCUAACGGAAGACAAAGAUGGAUGCUACAGCAGUCCACCAAAUGUUUGGAUCAGAUUAUCUGGCCCUGCAGCUGGCUUACUGGAGGGAGCCUUCUUUGGGCCAAAAGUUGAAGUUUUUCAGGAAAACUCAGGGGCUGCACAAUCAUUGGAGAUAGCAAAGAGUGCUCAAAAGGAGGAAGAGUGCAUUACAAGCAGAGGCACACCACCAGGAGGAAGCAGCGAUGCGGAAUGUGUGUCAGAAACUGGAAAAGGAACCAUAGAAAUAGUCAAUGCAUGGACAGUGCCACCAACAAAGAUUGUCAUGGGAGGAAACACUAGACCCCGGAAGUUCCUCAAAGUGCUGAAAAUAAACAGGAUUGUCCUGCUGGGGGAAACUAGAGUUGGGAAAAGCAGCCUAGGAAACGCCAUCUUAGGAGAGGAUGUGUUCAAGAUAAGUCAGACACAGAAUGACGGAAUGAGGGAAUGCCAAGCUGAGUCCAAAUCGGUCCACGGGAGAAGAAUUACAGUGAUCGACACGCCAGGUUUCAGUGACUCCAAUAAAUAUGAGGCGACGCUGAAGCUUGACGUAGCGAGGUGUAUCUCAGAGUCCAAUCCUGGGCCUCAUGUUUUUCUCAUUGUGGUCAAAGUGGAGAAAUUUCCCAAGCAACAGCAGGAUGUCAUUGAUCAAAUAUGCCAGUGUUUCUCAGAAGAUGCUCUGAAAUACGCUACUGUUGUUUUUACUCAUGUUGACCAGCUCCCAGAGGGGAAGAAAAUUGAUGACUAUGUGGCUCAGAGUAAAUGUCUCAGUGAUCUGGUGAAGAAGUGCAGUGGGCGAUGCCACGUUGGUGAUAACAACUGCAAGAGCAACCGGUUAAAGGUGGAGGAGCUGCUCAACACAGUAGAUGAGAUUAUUAAGAAAAACAGAGGAGGGUUCUACAUUAACGGGAUGCUGCAAGCAGAGAAGAGAGAAGAAAAGGAAGAGGGCAAUACAAGACCAGUUGGAAACAUGCCACAAGGGGGCGCCGGCAAUGAUGCUGACGGCGAUGCCUGGGUCAAGUUAACAGGCCCUGCCACUGGAUCAUUGGCGGAAGCUUUAUUCGGGAGAGAUGGAGAAGCAAAAGAGCCAGAUGACGGGUGUAAAGAAGAUGAAAGGGAAGAUGUUAGUGAAAAAGAAGAAAAAACAGUUACAGAAGUUCAGGAAAAAGUAUCGACGGAAGAAGAGAAUGAAGAAAAUGCGGAAAUGACAGAAGAAGUAGAAGAAACAGACAAAGCAAUAAACAAAACGAAAAAAAAGAAAAGAAAAGCUGUGGAUGGUGUUGGAUCAGGAAAUUUUCUAAGUUCUCUGUGUAAGAUCUUUGGGUUAGGAGGAGCAAUAUUAGCGGGGGUAGCAGCAGCGCUAUGGGGAUCAGGGCCAGCAGCAGCAGUAGCUGUAGCAGCUGCAGUAGCAGCAGCAGUUGCAGGACCAGUAGCUACUGUAGCCACCACUGUUGCAGGAGCAGUAGCUACUGUAGCCACCACUGUUGCAGGAGCAGUAGCCACAGCAGUCACAACAGUUGCAGCAGCAGUAGCUACAGCAGUUAAAAUAGUUGCAGCAGCAGUAGCUACAGCAGUUAAAAUAGUUGCAGCAGUAAUUGUGGGAGUCACUAUUGCAGCAGCUGUAAAGAUAUACAAAAUAUAUAAUCUAGUGAAACGGUGGGCAAAAAUUAUACUGCCUGUAUAUGUGCUCCUUCUCCUCCUGUUUUUCUGGUAUCGUUAAGUAUGAAAGCACCAAUUGUCGAGAACUUAAUCUUAUUUCUAUUGUUCUUUUUGUAACUACUGUUAUUCAAGGUGUUAUAGAAUCAUAACACUGUUCCCAUAUUCAUUUUGAGGGAAACAUCACACAGGACUCAAAAGCACAAAAGGGGUAGUGGUGUAAUUCAAAGAAGAUGAUCUGAGUUGUUCCAGACCGCUCUGUGAAGGUCUGCAUCCACUAUCCGUUUUAUUUUAUUUUAUUUUUGCAGUUAAUCACGAUAUAUUGUUUGUAUUUUAAUGGCUUUAAUAUGCGCGUAACCACCACUAUGUGAUACUUUAAAGUAAACCAAGAACUUAAAACGUGUUAUAUCAUAAACAUUUGGUGUCUGUUAGGAAUAAUUGAAGUAAAAAAGAAAUGGAAAGGAAGGAUUUACCUAAAGUAGUUUACCUUAGUAGUAUUUUUUAUUUUUUUGCAACUGUUUCAAAUUGUCAUUACCGUUUUCAGAUUUUCAGACACAUUUAGAUUGCGGUUGUGGAUGGACGGGAGAAACAAAUGAAAUGUGCAAGAAAAUGGCAUAAUCCCUAAUGUUGUUGAUAUAUCAUGACAUAGAGAUUGGAAAUGUUGUUCUCCGUAUCUUUUAUCGUCUAAAUUGGCUUUAAAUCAGCAAUAAAGCUGUGAAGUAAUCCCU